GCCACGGUUCAUACCAGAGGAUUAAAACCAAAAUACAAACAUUGUCUUAUUUUAAAUUCAAAAUUUAAAAAAAAGAAAAAAAUUUAAAACAGAAUUUCUAAAUCUCAAGGAACUCAAGGAGUUCUCAACACUUUUUUUUUUUAUUGAAUUGGCCAAGUGCUUAGUUUUUUGUGUGUUUUGUGCCAUGAGCCAGGACAAAGUUGGGAUCCUGCAGCUCCUGCUGUUGGGGCUCCUGGUGGCGCCCAGUUGGGCGGCCUACAAGCUUCAGGAGCGAUAUAGCUGGAACCAGCUGGACUUUGCCUUCCCCAACAACCGCCUUAAGGAGCAGGCCAUGGCCAGCGGCGACUACAUCCCCCAGAACGCCCUGCCCGUCGGGGUCGAGCAUUAUGGAAAUCGGCUUUUCGUCACAGUGCCCCGAUGGCGCGAUGGCAUUCCGGCCACUCUGACCUACAUCAACAUGGACCACAGCCUGACUGGCUCCCCAGAACUGAUCCCCUAUCCGGACUGGCGGGCCAAUACGGCCGGAGACUGCGCCAACAGCAUUACCACGGCCUAUCGCAUCAAGGUGGACGAGUGCGGGCGCCUUUGGGUCCUCGACACCGGUACCGUGGGCAUUGGCAACACCACCACCAAUCCCUGCCCCUACGCGAUCAACAUCUUCGACCUGGCCACCGACACCCGUAUCCGGCGCUACGAGCUGCCCAGUGUGGACACCAAUCCGAACACCUUCAUCGCCAACAUUGCCGUGGAUAUUGGCAAGAACUGUGACGAUGCCUAUGCCUAUUUUGCGGACGAACUGGGCUACGGACUGAUUUCCUACUCCUGGGAGCUGGACAAGUCAUGGCGCUUCUCGGCGCACUCCUACUUCUUCCCGGAUCCGCUGAGGGGCGACUUCAACGUGGCCGGAAUCAACUUCCAGUGGGGCGAGGAGGGCAUCUUCGGCAUGUCCCUGUCCCCGAUCCGCUCCGACGGUUAUCGCACUCUGUACUUCAGUCCCUUGGCCAGUCACCGGCAGUUCGCGGUGUCCACGAGGAUCCUGCGGGACGAGACCAGGACGGAGGACAGCUACCACGACUUUAUUGCCUUGGACGAGCGUGGCCCGAACGCCCACACCACGGCCCGUGUCAUGAGCGACGACGGCAUCGAGCUGUUCAACCUGAUUGACCAGAACGCCGUGGGCUGCUGGCACUCCUCCAUGCCGUACUCGCCCCAGUUCCACGGCAUCGUGGAUCGCGAUGAUGUGGGUCUGGUCUUUCCGGCCGACGUCAAAAUCGACGAAAUGAAGAACGUGUGGGUCUUGUCCGACAGGAUGCCGGUGUUCCUGCUCUCUGACCUGGACUACGCCGAUACCAAUUUCCGUAUUUACACCGCCCCCCUGGCCUCGCUGAUCGAGAACACGGUCUGCGAUCUGAGGAACAAUGCCUACGGACCCUCCAAUUCGGUUUCCAUACCCAAGCAGGCCGCGUUGCCGGUGGGACCACCACUGUACACCAAACAGUAUCGUCCGGUGCUGCCACAGAAACCGCAGACCAGCUGGACCUCCUCGCCCCCGGCACCACUGCUGCCGCCCAGUCGCACCUAUUUGCCGGCCAGCCCGGGUCCGGUGGUGUCCAGUGUCAGUGUCUCCACCAACACGGUAGGUCCGGCCGGUGUGGAGGUGCCCAAGGCGUACAUAUUCAACCAGCACAACGGCCUUAACUACGAGACCAGUGGCCCACACCUUUUCCCCACCCACCAGCCCUCGCCGCCCGGCAGCCAGGACGGUCUCAAGACGUACGUGAAUGCGCGCCAGUCCGGCUGGUGGCACCACCAGCACCAGGGCUAACGCAAUUAGGGCCCAGAGACAGACAUCACACAACCCGGAUGAGAGCCGCUUUGGAAACAGGGUAUCAAUCGCUUGCUGUUAGGAUAUUCAAAAGCCAAUCUCACAAACACCAGCCUCAAACGGAGCAAGCCAGGACAUCCGGAAAUUCCACUAGGUCUUUUAAUUUAAGCCAUCAAAUAAAACUAUCUAUUUUUUUUUAAUAAACAUACACUUGUUUUGAAGGAGAACCCAAAAAUGAAGAAGAA